AUGCCAAUGAAACAAGCGAUUAACAUUGUGAAAAAGCACUGCACAAGGGCGUAUAACAUAACGCAGUUCGAUAAAAAUAAUAACAAAGAAACACCAACAAAACAAACUAACAUGGAAAAAGAAAUUUUUGAACAGCCUCAAAGCGUACGUCGAGCAAUGCUCGGUCGAGUAAAUUUUGAAAACAAGCGAGUAUUUUUGAAUGAAAUUUCGAAACACACUGAUGAUAUUUUGCGAUGUAAACGACUAAUCGUGAUCGGAGCUGGUUCGAGUUAUCAUGUUGCGAUUGGAACUCGCCAAAUUAUGGAAGAAUUAGUUGAAUUACCAGUAUUUGUUGAAUCGGCGAGUGACUUUUUAGACCGCGAGGUUCCUGUAUUUCGAAAUGACGUAUGUAUUUUUAUCAGUCAAUCAGGUGAAACAAGUUCAGUGAUCCAAGCUUGUCAAUACUGUAGAAAGCGUGACGCAUUGACAAUGUGUGUCACCAACAACAGCCACAGCACGUUGAGUAGCAUCACUGAUUUUACUUUGGAUAUCCACUCAGGGAAAGAAUAUGGUGUCACCAGCACAAAGACAUACACAGGCCAAUUCCUGACUAUGGUAUUAUUCGCCAUGCACCUGGCUUCUGACAAACGCACGAAAGUUCAAAGAAUCCAUGAAAUAAUUAAAGAGUUGGAAUUUCUUCCAGAAAAAAUCGAAAAAGUUUUGACGUGUAGCAGCCAGCUGCGGGAAUUGUCGAAAUGCAUGCUGGACCAAGAGAGUAUUCUGCUCAUGGGAAGAGGUUAUCAGCAGUCAAGCUCGCUGGAAGGUUCACUCAAAAUGAAAGAAGUCACCAACAUUCAUUCAGAAGGCAUUCAUUCCGGUGAAUUAAAACACGGACCACUCGCCCUUAUCGAUGAGCAAAUACCAAUAAUUAUGAUAAUUAUGCGUGACGCAGUAUUUGACAAGUGUAUGAACGCACUACAGCAAGUGCAAGCUAGAAACGGACGCCCUGUUCUCAUUUGUGAGAGCGAUGACAAUGAAGUUGCCAAUAUGUCAGACCAACUAAUUAAAGUUCCCAAAACCAUCGAUUGUCUGGCUGCUAUUCUCACUGUCAUUCCUUUACAAAUGUUAUCACUUUAUAUGGCUCUGCAUAAGAACAAAAACGUUGACCGUCCAAAAGGGUUAGUGAAAACAGUGAUUGAUUACAAAGCUCCUGCACAAAAGACGUGUAAAUCAUUUAUACAAACACUUUUUAAUUCUGGUACACAAUUUUCUGUUCCCUAUCAUCUAAAGGCUCGUGAAAGUGCGGCAAGACUAACGACAAUAAAAACAUGA